ACCACAGGCAGCCCGAAAACUGAAAUCGACACAAACGGAAAUGAAGCAAUGGCGGAUAGCAGCGAUGGCUGUAGUUACUGUCUUAUUUCUCUUAUUGAUUGUGCAUCUAGGUUAUUCAGUUUCGAAGGAUCCCGAACCGUCUUCUGUCGCCAAACAACCGAAGCCACGAUCAACAACGUCACCUUUCACGAAAAAUAUUAGCAGAAAAAUACAUUCAACUUGGAAACAAACAAGGGAAAAUGUGUUAUCGCGAUGGAAAGUCAAUGAUACGUCAAGUGUAAGGCAUUCCCAUUUUUGUUGGGAAAACGAAUCUGUAGAAAUAAUUGGAGAGUGUAUCCACUGUAGCAGGUAUGAAAAGAGGGUGAGUCCUGUGUGCCUUAUCACUGGAAACAAGCAACUAGUUUUGUGCAAGAAAAGUAAAAAGAAAGUUUACAAAAGUUGUGCACAUGUAAAAUGGUUAGAGAAAAGGAACUUUUGGACAUUUGAGGCCACUGCAGUGAUUCUAUUGAUAUGUUCUAGUCUGUCUGCGUAUCAGCGGAACAAGAAACUAGAUGCAAUUUUCAAUGAAAAACUUAGGAAACGAGUAGCCAAUGAGCCUGUAUAGUGUUAAGUUAUUAGAUAUGAUUAUUGUACAAAACACAAAGCCCAAAAUAUCUUAUAUCUUUUAUGUGUGGCGUGUCGGGGUGCACACACACCCACUUGUUUGUUUCUUUGUCCAUGAUACCUAUGACUAUGUGCACUUUCUCAGCAGCAUAGAUGCAUGCUUAUUUUCAAUGUCAACGAUAACCUAUUUUUUAACUUCACAUCUUUGUCCUAUAUAAUGAGAGAAAAGAAACUGCAGGUUGUUUAUUCAUGGAUUAAAAAUUUGGCGCAUGCAACCAUGCCCAGUUUUAUGAAGUUAGCCAACUAGUACCUGCCAAUCAAGCAAGCAAUCAAGCUGCGAUCAUGCAAUCAUGAAUGGCUAACUUAGAUAAGACUUAAGUGUCGGUGGAGACUGUAACGAAUGUUGCACUUUGCAUAAGAAACUAAGUACUGUUUGCUAUGACCAAACAGAUAUUUCUAAAAGGUAUAUGUAAGCGCCAAUAUGGGCCGGAGGGGAGGGGGAUUUUUCUUCUAAAGUUAUAAGCAAAUGGACAGAAGGGUUGUGGCUGUGCCUCUUAGUUUUCUUGUAAUGUGAAGAAGCAUUGGUGAUUAUAUUCGCCAGAGACCAGAACGAUCGCACGCUUUGAAACGCUACUGUAAACGGGUUUAAUUUGAACGAAUUUGUAAAACAGUUACCCGCGAGAGGCCUUAACAAAGGAGUUUUUCACCUCGAGAAUUUAAGAAUAUUGGAAAGUCCUUUAAAUAAAGGAUUCUGUGAUUUUCAAUUAUUUUUAUAUUUAUUUAUAAAGUUAAUUUAUUACAUUAUAAAUCCAGAUCAAAGACGGUGAUGUUUAUAUAUGUAUUAGAACCAUUGAAUGAAAACGGAUCUUCCAAAUGAGACAUAAUUGAAUAUAUAAAAUGUUAAAUGUAAUAAAUAAAAUGUCUUGAAAUAAAUGUCAAGUUAUUGCA